AUGGUCACGACUUUUGCCCUCCUUCUUCUAUCAACUGCUAUAAUUGAAUCCAUGGCAGGAAUUCUAGGAUUUGGAAUUAUCUUGGCAGUCAGUUUAUCUAAGUGCAUCAGGAGCAAAAUAUGGUCUCCAUAUGAUAUGAUCAUGAUCUCUCUGAGUUUAUGCAGUGUCAUUUUGCAGUCCUGGACUAUACUGAAUUCAUUAAUAAGUGUAUAUUGUGGUUCCUCCUGUUAUGAAGGAAAUGCGUUUGUAGUUAAUAAGACAGUUUUUGUAUUUCUUGACUACUCUGGCUUCUGGUCUUGUGCCUGGCUUAGUGUCUUCUAUUGUGUCAAGGUUGCCAGUUUUACACAGUCCUUCUUCAUCUGGCUGAAGCAAAGAAUUGCCAGUCUUGUGCCCUGGUUGCUGAUCACAUCGUCGCUCUACUCCUUCACAACCGCACUUCCAUUCACCUGGGGUGUCUACAGCAUGCGCAACAACUUCACUGCUCCUUUAACCACGGCAAACUCUUCAGAAAUGAGAGUCACAAGGAAAGACACUGUGGUUUUAUUGAUUGUUCUCAGUAAUGCAGGCAUAGUUUUCCCUUUAAUACUGUCUACUGUUUCAAGUAUUCUCCUGAUUCGGUCUCUGUGGAUACACACCAGGAAGAUGCAAAGUAAUGCAAGUGGCUACAGGGAUCCCGGCUUAGAAGCCCAUAUGAGUGCCAUCAAGUCAGUCUGUUCCUUCCUUAUUCUCUACAUUAUAUAUUUUAUUUGUUUGCUCCUCCUUAUAAGUGAUAUUUUUUUACCUUUAAGCAUUGGGAAAUCCCUGUGUUCAGUUGUAACAGCUGCCUGUUCUGCAGGACACUCAGUGGUCCUAAUUUGGAGCAAUCCCAGAUUUCGAGAGGUCCCAGCUAGGAUUUUGCACCACGCAAACUGUCGUGUCAGAACUAGAUCCCGGUAA